AUGGUCAUGGGCGCUUUUACUCGAAAUAGCCAGGAUGGCAGACUUUCUGCACGCGAGGCAGCCUUUGAAUGCACAGCGCGCGUCCAUGACACUCGCCCGAGCGAUUGGCUCGAAUGGAUUGAUGCCGCUAAGUAUUUCAAGCUCCAAAUCCAGUGUUCUAACUUCUUCAAAGCUUGCGAAGGUGCCAUUCCAGUGCCCCAUCCCGACGCCAACCUCGGUCUACAUACCAAAGUCUGCCAAUCACCCAAGGAGAGCGACGUGACCAGGAUUUAA